AUGUCAUCAUUCGACAGCAGAUUUACAGGAAUACCCCAUAGUGCGAAUAAAUCAGCAAGACCGUCCUUUUCUUCGACAAGGACGGGAUCCAGCGCUAAUACAACUACUUCAUCAGCAAUCUUGGAACAAAACAACACAGAACCAUAUUCUGGUGCUGCUGUAGAGACUGUACCAAGUUCUAUCGUAUCUUUCUAUCAUCCACAUUCAUUCCAAUCUAGUGGUUAUGGUGCUAGUGCUGGCUCUUCCACUAAUUUGGAAAGGCGUGGUAGAUCAUCAGAACAUGACCCUUUACUAUUGAGUACAACAACCUCUCGUCGGUCUAGCUCUUCAAGAGGUCGUGGAUUCCAGUUUUUCACAGAAGAACAGGUCGAAAAUGCUGAAGGUAUCACUUCUAGUGUAGAAAAUGCUGAUUAUGAUAUGGAUUGGGAUGCCAUACCGACAUAUGAGCAAGAACGUCUACAUAUUCAACCGAGGUCAUCGAAAACAUCAUUGAGACAAGAUGGUAACGACUAUGCGAUGAGAACUUUUACACCUAAUCGAAAGUAUUCAGUACGAUCACGUAAAAGUGAAGAUCGGUUGUACUCUACUUCCCCACGUUCUUCCUCAAGUUCCUCGAGAUACACUCUAAGAGAUAGAAUUCCUGCCGAAUUGGAAAUUUCCACUACUCACGAUGUAGAUGAUUCGGAGCUCAGAUCGUCAGCUUCGUCAGAAAGUGAGGAUGAGGAAGCUGAAGCUAAUGACGAUUACAAUUCAAGAGCAGAAGAAGAUCAGGAACAGAACAAGAAAUCUUACCACUCUGAGUUCUUAAAGCCUCAGUACCAUUCAAGAUUUUUCCCCAACAACGUGCCAUAUUUGCAUUAUCAGAGAUUUUACAUCGCCGAAGAAGACCUAGUUGUUGCGAUAGCUGGUUAUCGCACAUCAAGAUUUAGGCUACAAUGCUACUAUCUACUUUGUAUUAUCACUUUGGGACUUGCAUUUCUAGUCUUCAGAUGGAAGCCGACCAUGAGGGUGAAGAUGAUCGGGGAAAAGACACCAUUGGGAAAAGCUGAAUGGGUGGUUGUAGAGAAUGAAUUCGGAGAACUCACUGUCGAAUCGGUGAAAAGAAGAUGGUAUAAUAGACCACUUAGUACAGUUCUUAUGGAAACAAAUGAGGAUAGGAUAGGAACACCAGAAAGUCGUCACUAUCAUCAUCACGAAACUGAGUGGAACCCUAAUUUGCCCAUUUUGAUUUCUUUUCAGUAUAGAUACUUUACGUUGGUGUACUCACCAAUUGAUGAUAUAUUUAGAAGCAACAGCAAUUGGGCUGAUCCAGAUUGGCUGGACUUGGAAGUUGUUCAGCACGGGCUUACAUCUUCUAUCCAAGAAGACAGAACACUUGCAUUCGGUAAAAACUCUGUCAAUUUGAAACAGAAAACCGUUACAGAGAUUUUAUUUGAUGAAGCUCUUCAUCCUUUUUAUGUUUUCCAGAUCUUUUCAAUAAUUCUUUGGCUGGCGGAUGAUUACUAUUAUUACGCCGGAUGUAUCUUUCUCAUCUCAGUCUUAUCCAUCAUCGAUACGGUGAUAGAAACGAAAAAGAACUCCGAAAAACUAGCAGAUAUAUCGCACUUCAAUUGUGAGGUUAGAGUGUAUAAAGACAGAUUUUGGACUCAAGUGAACUCAUCUGACCUAGUACCCGGAGAUCUCUUUGAAAUAUCAGAUCCAUCGUUAGUGGUUUUACCUUGUGAUGCUGUUUUAAUAUCUGGUGACUGUAUUGUCAACGAAUCUAUGCUAACGGGAGAAUCUGUUCCAGUUUCAAAAUAUGCGGCCACAGAAGCCACAAUGGCUCAACUGUUACAGGACUUCAAAUCGUCUCAAGUGUCUAGUUUCGUCUCAAAAUCAUUCUUAUUCAACGGUACUAAAAUCAUUAGGGUCCGAAAUCAACCAGGACAAGGAAUGGCAUUGGCACUGGUGAUUAGAACGGGAUUCUCCACAACCAAAGGUUCUUUGGUAAGGUCAAUGGUGUUUCCAAAACCUGUGGGAUUCAAAUUUUACGAAGAUUCUUUCAAGUACAUCGGUUUCAUGACGCUGAUUGCCAUGUUUGGUUUCUCAAUUAGUUGUAUCCAAUUCAUCAGGUUGGGAUUAGAGUAUAAGGUUAUGAUACUAAGAGCGUUGGAUAUCAUCACAAUUGUGGUGCCACCGGCACUUCCCGCUACAUUGACGAUAGGAACAAGUUUUGCUUUAGGCAGACUCAAGAAGAAGGGUAUUUUCUGUAUUUCACCUACUAGGGUAAAUGUCGGAGGAAAAGUGGAUAUGAUGUGUUUUGACAAAACAGGUACAUUGACAGAAGAGGGUUUAGACGUGUUGGGAAUUCAUUUUGCCAAACCUGAAGGCUCUUCUACCAUUUUGCAACUAAGCGAUUUGAUAACUGACUGUGAUGAAGUACUGCAAAAGCAUACACUUUCCGAUUGCAACAGUGCGGAAGAGUUCAAAGCGAAGAACUUUUUGGUUUCGCUUCUAACUUGCCAUUCGUUGAAGCACAUUGAUGGUGAACUUUUAGGUGAUCCACUAGAUCUGAAAAUGUUUGAGUUCACAAAAUGGGCUUACGAAGAAGGCUAUGAGAGCUGGAAGUUCAAGAAUGCUGAAGAUAAAACUGGCAUCUCACCAGCGGUUGUACAUCCAACGUCUAACUGUAACUUUAUUGAAAAUGAUCCUGAUAACCUCAUCGGUGUGAUAAGAAGCUUCGAAUUCUUGUCUGAAUUAAGAAGAAUGAGUGUCAUUGUUAAGGGUUUCAAGGAAAACACUUACUGGUCGUUCACUAAGGGUGCACCCGAGGUAAUUGCCGAUAUCUGCAACCCUGCCACAAUUCCAAAAGACUUUCAUGAAUUGUUACACCAUUACACGCAUAAUGGUUUUAGAAUCAUUGCCUGUGCUGGUAAGACCCUUCCUAAGAGUUCUUGGUUGUAUUCCCAGAAAGUCAGCAGGGAAGAGGUUGAGGACAAUCUAGAGUUUUUAGGUUUCAUCGUUUUCGAAAAUAAAUUGAAGUCCCGUACCAAGGCUGCUCUAAAAGAGUUGCAGAAUGCGAAUAUUCGUACAGUUAUGUGUACCGGUGAUAAUGUUCUUACGGCUGUCUCUGUGGGUAGGGAUUCAGGCCUAAUAUCGUCUGAAAGAGUCUUCAUUCCUUUCUUAAACGACAAUCUCGAAGAAAGCAGACAUUUACUUUCUUGGAGAGACGUUGAUGAAGAAGGUUCUGUCCUAGAUGCUGUCACUUUAAAGCCUUUAAACGAUCCAGAAAAGAGUUAUACAUUAGCCAUAACCGGUGAUAUUUUCCGUAUUCUCUUCAGAAAUGAUGAAAUUUUGCCAGAUGAUUAUAUCAGCACAGUUUUAAUGAAGGGUUCAAUUUACGCCAGAAUGUCUCCAGAUGAGAAGCACGAAUUAGUGGAACAAUUACAAAAAUUAGAUUACAACGUUGGUUUCUGUGGCGAUGGAGCUAACGAUUGUGGGGCUUUAAAAGCAGCCAAUAUUGGUAUUUCUUUAUCAGAAGCGGAAGCAUCAGUUGCUGCUCCAUUUACUUCGGCUGUUUUUGAUAUCAGUUGCGUUCUGGACGUCAUAAAGGAAGGUAGAGCAUCAUUGGUGACCUCCUUCUCCUGUUUCCAAUAUAUGAGUUUGUACUCAGCAAUUCAAUUCAUUACCAUUACCAUCUUAUACAGCAGAGGAUCAAACCUAGGAGAUUUCCAAUUUUUAUACAUUGACUUAUUGUUAAUCGUUCCAAUAGCUAUUUCAAUGUCAUGGUCCAAGCCGAAUAGCAAAUUAGUGAAGAAAAGGCCUAGCGCUAAUCUUGUUUCACCAAAGAUAUUGGUACCCCUUUGUCUGAACAUCACUCUUAUAUUGAUAUUCCAAUUACUACCAUGGAUUGCAGUUCAAUACACCUCUUGGUAUAUGAAACCAGUUGUCGGUGGAGAUGACGCCGUGCAAUCCAGUGACAAUACUGUUCUAUUCUUCGUCUCUAAUUUCCAGUACAUUCUUACUGCAGUGGUUUUAUCCCAAGGUCCUCCAUACCGUGAACCUAUGAUUAAGAACAUCGGGUUCAUUUUGGACAUUUCUCUUUCUAUGUUAGUUAGUUUUGGAUUGAUGUAUUUGAAUGUGCAAACCUGGUUAGGAGAAUUGCUCCAGUUAACAAACAUAUCUGAUACUUUCAAAUGGUUAAUCCUGACAACGGCUGCAGCUAAUUACUACGCAUCAAAAUAUAUCCCCGAAAAGUUCAAACAUUUGUUCAAGAAGAAACAAAGUAGCAAGAAAUACAAGAACAUUGACAGGAAGCAGCAACAGCUAAACUUUGUAUAG